GGGCGGGAGCCGCGAGGAGUGAGGUUGCAGCGCCCUGAGCGGUCUCCUACGAGCGAGCGGCGCGGAGACUGCGCCCUCUUCUUACACCCCGGCCCCGCUUCGCGCCCCCUCCCACGGCUCACCUGGUGGCAGGUGCCAGAUAAGAAGAUUACAACCCAGAGAGGUCCUAUCAGUUAUCCAAGGCCACACAGCUCCACGCACAGACCUGACACAGGCUGGCCUCUCUCCACAGAGGAUCAUGGCCUCACCCCCGUGAACCGCACUGUCCCUCAGCCCCCCGGCCCGCAGGAUGCGGCUGUGGAAGGCAGUGGUGGUGACUCUGGCCUUCAUGAGCUUGGACGUGAGUGUGACCACGGCCAUCUAUGCCUUCAGCCACCUGGACCGCAGCCUGCUGGAUGACAUCCGCCACUUCAACAUCUUCGACUCGGUGCUGGACCUCUGGGCUGCCUGCCUGUACCGCAGCUGCCUGCUGCUGGGCGCCACCAUCGGUGUGGCCAAGAACAGCGCCCUGGGGCCACGGCGGCUGCGGGCCUCGUGGCUGGUCAUCACCCUCGUGUGCCUGUCUGUGGGUAUCUAUACCAUGGCCAAGCUGCUGCUCUUCUCGGAGGUGCGCAGGCCCAUCCGGGACCCAUGGUUCUGGGCGCUGUUCGUGUGGACAUACGUGUCACUGGCCGCCUCCUCCCUGCUCUGGCGACUGCUAUCCACUGUGAAGCCUGGCACUGAGGCCCUGGAGCCCAGCACGGGGGCUGAGGCUGAGGGCUUCCACGGGGACAGCCGGGCCCCAGCUGAGCAGGCCUCCGGGGCCACACUGCAGAAGCUGCUGUCCUACACCAGGCCUGAUGCGGCCUUCCUUGUGGCUGCCGCCUUCUUCCUCAUCGUGGCAGCUCUGGGCGAGACCUUCCUGCCCUACUACACCGGCCGCGCCGUCGACAGCAUCGUCAUCCAGAAGAGCAUGGAGCAGUUCAGCGCCGCUGUGGUCGUCGUGUGCCUGCUGGCCAUUGGCAGCUCAUUUGCCGCAGGUAUUCGGGGCGGCAUUUUUACCCUCAUAUUUGCCAGACUGAAUAUCCGCCUGCGAAACUGUCUCUUCCGCUCUCUGGUGUCUCAGGAGACAAGCUUCUUUGAUGAGAACCGCACAGGCGACCUCAUCUCCCGCCUCACCUCGGACACCACCAUGGUCAGCGACCUGGUCUCACAGAACAUCAACAUCUUCCUGCGGAACACUGUGAAGGUCACGGGCGUGGUGGUCUUCAUGUUCAGCCUCUCCUGGCAGCUGUCCUUGGUCACCUUCAUGGGCUUCCCCAUCAUCAUGGUGGUGUCCAACGUCUACGGCAAGUACUACAAGCGGCUCUCCAAAGAGGUACAGAGCGCCCUGGCGCGGGCCAGCAGCACAGCUGAGGAGACCAUCAGUGCGAUGAAGACGGUGCGCAGCUUUGCCAACGAGGAGGAAGAGGCCGAGGUGUAUGGGCGCAAGCUGCAGCAGGUGUACCGGCUUAACCGCAAGGAGGCGGCCGCCUACACGUCCUACGUCUGGGGCAGCGGGCUCACGCUGCUGCUGGUCCAGGUGAGCAUCCUCUACUACGGCGGCCACCUUGUCAUCUCUGGCCAGAUGACCAGCGGCAACCUCAUCGCCUUCAUCAUCUACGAGUUCGUGCUGGGGGACUGCAUGGAGUCCGUGGGCUCCGUGUACAGUGGCCUGAUGCAGGGAGUGGGCGCUGCCGAGAAGGUGUUUGAGUUCAUUGACCGGCAGCCAACCAUGGCGCACGACGGCAGCCUGGCGCCCGACCACUUGGAGGGCCGGGUGGACUUCGAGAACGUGACCUUCACCUACCGCACUCGGCCACACACCCAGGUCCUACAGAACGUGUCCUUCAGCCUGUCCCCUGGCAAGGUGACGGCCCUCGUGGGGCCCUCGGGCAGUGGGAAGAGCUCAUGCGUGAACAUCCUGGAGAACUUCUACCCGCUGCAGGGCGGCCGCGUGCUGCUCGAUGGCCAGCCCGUCAGCGCCUACGACCACAAGUAUCUGCACCGAGUGAUCUCCCUGGUGAGCCAGGAGCCCGUGCUGUUCGCGCGCUCCAUCUCUGACAACAUCGCCUACGGGCUGCCCUCUGUGCCCUUUGAGACGGUGGUGGCGGCCGCGCAGAAGGCCAAUGCGCACAGCUUCAUCAUGGAGCUGCAGGACGGCUACAGCACAGGUACGUGGCAGAUCCAGCAGGCCAUCCACGGCAGCCUGCAGCGGCACACAGUGCUGAUCAUUGCACACCGCCUGAGCACCGUGGAGCGCGCACACUGCAUCGUGGUCCUGGACAAGGGCCGCGUGGUACAGCAGGGCUCCCACCAGCAGCUGCUGGCGCAGGGCGGCCUCUACGCCAGGCUGGUGCAGCGCCAGAUGCUGGGGCUCACGCCCGCCACAGACGUAGCCGCCACCAGCCCCAAGGAUCCACCAGCUGACGGGGACCACAAGGCCUAGGAUGCCGCCCCGUGCAUCCUCCGGGAAGCCACUGCUUGCUGCGUCUCGCCCCGCCCUGGCCUGCGCCCACAAGCUGCCCCUCCGCUGCCCCCCACCCAGCCCCCAGGCUCCCUGCAGAGGCCAAGCUACCUUUUGAAACCACUGCCAUCCCAGGGAUUUCACUGCUUGCUUCCCUCACUCGGGUCAACGCCCAGGUUUCAGAGAAGACUUUUUCCAUGAGGGCAGUAGGGGGCAAUGUGGCCAAAAUUUUCUAGAAGGUUCUGAGCCAGGAGUGGCGGCCCAGCCUGCUUGCCUGGAGGAUGCAAAAGAGAAGUGGCUCAGCCUCUGCCUGUCCUGCGCAGGGACAUCCCUGGGGCGUGGGGUGCAGGCCCGGGCCCAACUCGGAGUCAAGCCAAGGGCAGGGGGAGUGGGCGCAUCUGUUUUCAUUGCCCUCCCCUCGCCACCCAAGCCAGGUUCACUGUGACCACCAUGACCUCGCGCGGCAGCAAGGGCCUGGCUGGGCCUGGGCCUGGGCACUCUGGCUGCACCCAGGGCUUCCCCCGCCCUCCUGGCUGCACCUCCUGCUCUGCUGCUGGAGGCCCAGGAUCUGUGAGCUGCGUUCUCUCUGUGGCUCUGGCCAAGCCCACACCUGGGCCUCAAGUUGGGAUGAACUCGGUCAAUAAAGUGUACUA